AUGAGACGACGGGCAGAUUCUGUCGACUGCUGUGAAGCACCAGGUGCAACUGAAUCGAGUACGGACAACCCACACAAGGUCUAUGAAAAGGUUGGUGCAUGAAUUGCAGGUUUCACAGACUAUAAUCAAGUGUUUGAAGGCAGAGACAUUCUGGUCGAGAUGCAGCCAGGAUGAAGUAGGAAUGCUCGGAGGCACUGCGGGUCUUCAGGCUCCGGACGUGUCUGGAUCCGUAAAUUUUUUGAAUGCGCUCAAGAAAAAUGUAGGAAAUAGAGUCUGAGAGCCCACGGCUUAAAAUACGAGUUGUACAGAACAUUCUGGUAAACUUCGAUAACGCGUUAGACUGUGGAGCAGGCAUCGGACGAGUGACGAAGCACGUGCUCAUGCCCUUCUACAAAUCCGUCGACAUGGUGGAUCUGGUCGAAGAACUCGUGGCAAGCAGUGCUGUCUACAUCGGCACAGAUGACGGAAUCGGGGAGAAGUACGUGGAAGGACUGCAGACGUUCGAGCCCCUCCAGAGGAAGUAUGACGUCAUCUGGAUUCAAUGGGUAUCCGGACAACUCACGGAUCAGGACUUGACAAGCUUCCUGCAGCGAUGUAUUGUGAGUGGGCUGGGGGAGAAAUCCUUGAAUAAGGUAUGAACAGAGCUCGUUUUUCAGCUUGGUCUCGCGCCCGGAGGCACAAUCGUGAUCAAGGAGAGCGUCUCGGCAGGCGGAAAGACGCUCUAUCACGAAGCGGAUGGCUGUUGGACGCGCCCUGAGAGUCUGAUCCUGAAGAUAACCGAGGACGCGGGGCUGCGUGUGGCACACAAGGCAAUUCAAACGGGAUUCCCCAAAGGACUGCUCGCGGUGAAAAUGAUCGCGUUGAAGCCGGUGCAUCCGGUUGAGGAGAACGACGACUGA